AUGGGAAGCACUGGAAAGAACUAUUGGGUUGUCUUAGGUGGACGGAAACCAGGUAUUUCUUUCGAACGACCAUACACCCCUCAACUCCAUGGCGGCCAUUACUUUCCUAUCGUCGUCCAUUGUCGGAAGGAUGAACAUGCUCGGAAGCUAGACACACUUCAGACGCUCAUGAAGGAUAUCAAUGAAAGUACACCUCCAGCCAAUGCUGCGCAGCUGUUUCUCAACUCAGAUGUGGCCCAAGGAGUUCUUCGAUGGGAUAUUCAGCGCCACGCUAUUCAUGGAUUUUACGUUGUCAUCUAUGGAUAUGCGCCAGGCAUCUACACCAUGUGGGAAGACUGUCAUUGCGCAGUAACAGGGUAUAAGAAUGCAAAGUUCAAGAAACUCACUACAUUUGCUGAGGCCAUGGCAUGGAUGAUUCUGAAGGGCCAAAUACUUGGACAGGAAGAACCGGUUGGCGCUGUGAGAUCCGCUGUCUUAGAACCAUCUGGAGCUAGCUCCAAACCCAUCUCGAUGUUACACGGUGCCAACCCUAUGAAAUCAGCCGUCUUACAACCCCAGUUCGUUAUUGACUCUGAGUCAAGCUCAGAUGGGCAAUCAUUGGCUUCAGCUGGUACUAUCUUACCAGUCACACCUAAGGCCCUUCAUACAUGGAGAACAACGACUCCUGGAUCAGCAUCGCAGAUUGUCGGCACCUCACCUCGUGUCCACCAAUUCAUUCGAGAUCUUAAUGGAAUCCAAGGUGCAUAUUAUCAAGCCCCUCCUCUUGAUGAUACUCCGCUCCCUUCUUUUGGCGAUGUCGCUGAUGGCUAUCUGCAAUCUCAUGGUCACACUGCUCGUGCAAUUCUUUGUAUCGCACAUGCAGUGGAAGUCUCUCAGUCUGGGGAGGAUUUUGUUCGCGAUAUCUCUGGAAGGGGCCUUGCUAUCACUGAAGCUCAAUGGCUGUGGUUGCUCAUAACUGUCACGUGGCUAUACAUGUUAACCGAUGCUAAUGCGAAAUUCUCAGUAUUUCUUCGCCUUAACCGAUGUUUACUCGCUGUGUUCCGCACCAUGAAAGCGAAAACCUGGCUUGGCCGCUAUCAUAUGAAAUUACAGAAACUCACUACUCAAAAGCCUCGGAAUCCAUGGCGCCACCACAGCAAAGGUCGCUACAAGCACACUGCCAGCGAAAAGGCUGCUUUGAAGGAAAAAUGUCUAGCCCAUCGCAUUACAUAUGCCAAUGCUCUCAAGGAUGCCCGUGAGGUCGUGCAGGAGCAGGCAAAGCUACUGCAUGAAAAGUUUGGCAGUCAUAGCAUUCAGUAUUAUCAUGAAGAGCUCAUGCAGCAUGCUCGCAUGGCUGCAUCAUCACGUAGUCCUUCAAGAUGGAACGCAUUUGUUCGGCAUGAGGUGAAGCGGAUGAAUCAGGAACGUCCUCCUGGUUCUCCUUUCCUCAAAGCUUCUCAUUGCGUGAAAGAACUUGCGGCACGUUGGAACAGCAUGUCAAAAGACGAACAAGAGAAAGAGACUGCGGAUGCUAUCAAAGAUCUUGAAGACCAUCGCGAAUCUAAGCAGCUUGCCCUACACAAUGUGCCUCUGAACGCUUUUCAAGAUGUUCGGAAAAGUCUCGAGUUACUUGACUGUGAAAUUCAUGCUUUGAAUGCACGUACAGGCCUUGAGGUUGUGCUACUCACUUCAUGUUCAAAUAUUGACCACUUCAGCCAGCCGCAUAUCUUCGUCACUGAGCGUGCUGCUGACUUCUUUGAUGCAUGCUUGGGCUCUUCCAUUGCGGAUAUUGCAGUACGUUUCGAGGCAUUCUGCAUAGCUGGGGUACAAGGUCUCGCCAAGUCUCACCUCCAAGAAGUCCUUGAUCUCAAGAAAUCUACCAGCGAGAAUAUUUUACGGAAGCUUUGCAGCAGCAGCCCCCACCAAGGUGUCGCACAUAAGUUCUGCUGCCUGGGGGACAUCAGCUCACGCUCUGAACUCACUGUUUUGAGCCUUGCAUGGGAGUCGAAUGCCACUCGCUUCCGCAAGCUGACAGACAGCGAGUUUAAUGAGUGGAGUAACCAGCGUUUCCAGGCUGCAAUGGAUCAGGCAAGAGUAGAAAGAGAUGCCGGGAUGGAAGUAGAUGGUGAAGGACAGGAGAACAGAAUAGAAGGAUCCGACAACGAGCCUCUGCUCAACUCCACUGAUCACCUACCAGUCUCCACCUCCCUUCCUCGCCAGCAGCAAACAUCAGCCGACAACGAGCCUCCGCUCGACUCCACUGAUCGUCUACCAGUCUCUACCUCCCUUCCUCGCCAGCAGCAAACAUCAGCUCACAGCGUGAAUGUCGUUACGAUGGCGAACGGAAUUGGUGUCAACAUACCAAAGAAGACUCGCAAGCCGCGCUGUGAUAAAGGUCAGAAGCGUGGUCCUCGAACGAAAAAGCACUCAGGUCAAUCAGAGGCUGAUCCUGCUAUGUCACAAGGGUCUCAAUUCUCUGGUCCGUCCACACCAUCUGGUAUUGUGUAA